UGGUACAAGAAGAAUGGAGGUGGCUAUCAGAGUAUGACAGGACCACAGCAUGUCUUCAAACAAAUCCAGUCAUCUGACAGUGGAGAGUACCACUGUGAGGCCCAGAAUGAGAUGGGGACAGACAUGUCUAGGACCAUUAACAUGGAUGUGAAGUAUACUCCAAAGAACAACUCAGUGUCAGUCAGUCCCUCUCGUGAAAUAGUGGAGGGAGGUUCAGUGACUCUGACCUGCAGCAGUGAUGCCAACCCACCUGUGGACAAAUACACCUGGUACCAGAAGAACGUAACCUCACCAAAAGCAUCAGGACAGAGUUACAGCAUCACUAACAUCAUCUCUGAGGACAGAGGAGAAUAUUACUGUGAGGCUGAGAAUAAAUAUGGACGUCUCAACUCUUCUUCUGUGUCUGUGGACGUUCAGUACGGCCCAAAGAACACCUCAGUGUCAGUCAGUCCCUCUGGUGGAAUAGUGGAGGGCAGUUCAGUGACUCUGACCUGCAGCAGUGAUGCCAACCCACCUGUGGACAAAUACACCUGGUACUUUCAAAAUGAGACUUUUCUAAAUGGAUGUGGACAGAUGUACAACAUCAGUAACUUCAAGUCUAAGGACAGUGGACAUUACCACUGUGAGGCCUGGAAUAGAAGAGGAUCUAGGAACUCUACAGCUGUGAUGAUCAUUAUACCAGGGAAACAAACCUCAGUUCUGACUACAGCUGUAGGAAUCAUAGUGGUUGUUCUGGUUCUCAUCCUCUGUUUCUCUGGACUCAUGUGGUUCAGGAAGAAGGCCUCCAAAUCCACCUCUGACACAAGAGACACAUCAGAGAAUGUACAGGGAGACUCUAGUCCAGUGUAUGAAAACGUCUCAAGCAUGACCAUGGCCCCUACUGCAGCACAGACAGCAGCCACAGAUGACCAGGAUGAUGUUCACUACUCCAGCGUCCACUUCUCUCACUCCAAAAACCAGGAAGUGCCUCUGUACUCCACCGUCCAGCUGUGUAAACCCCAGAAACAGGAAGAGGAUGUCCAGUACGAUACUGUGAAAUUCAACCUCCCCAGUGCUGCCACCCGACCCACGGCAGCACAAGCAGCUGAGGAGGACUCUUCUGAGAUCUAUAGUAGAGUCAACAAACCCAGAAGACCUGAACACAACAAACCCAGAACCAAGAAGACCUGAACGCAACAAACCCAGAACCAAGAAGACCUGAAUGCAACAAACCCAGAACCAAGAAGACCUGAAUGCAACAAACCCAGAACCAAGAAUACCUGAACACAACAAACCCUGAACCAAGAGGACCUGAACACAACAAACCCUGAACCAAGAGGACCUGAACACAACCAACCCAGAACCAAGAGGACCUGAACACAACAAACCCAGAACCAAGAACUGAAAACAACAAACUCAGAACCAAGAAGACCUUGUAUAUCUGGACCCGUAUAUUAUAACUAGUGGUAUAAUUAAGCAAUAAGGUCAGAGCCGGUGUGGGAUAUUGGCCAAUAUACUGUACCAUGGCUAAGGACUGUUCUUAAGCACGACACAACGCAGAGUUCCUGGAUACAGCCGUUAGCUGUGGUAUAUUGGUCUAUAUACUGUACCACGGCUAAGGACUGUUGUUCUGCACAACGCAGAGUGCCUUGAUACAGCCCUUAGUCGUGGUAUAUUGGUCUAUAUACUGUACCACGGCUAAGGACUGUUGUUCUGCACAACGCAGAGUGCCUUGAUACAGCCCUUAGUCGUGGUAUAUUGACCAUAUACUACAAGCACGAGGGCUUUAUUGCUAUUAUAAACUGGUUACCAACAUAAAUAGAAAGUAAACAAAUAUUUUGGUGUCAUACCAGUGUUCUAUUGUCUGAUAUACUGUAUGUGAAAUGAAAUGCGUAUUCAGCCAAUCAGCAUCCAGGACCUAAACUACCUGGUUUAUAAUAGUAUCUAGUAAUAUACAGUGCAUUCAGAAAGUAUUCAGACCCCUUGACCUUUUCCACAUUUUGUUAUGUUACAGCCACAGACUUCAAACCUCACACUCAGUGUCUAUUUAUAUAGACUUCCAGUAAGUUAACUUACAACACACUUCACUUCACUUGAUUGUCAGACGUAACAGAGUUAACUUCUAGCUGGCUAGCUAGCUUUCGGUAUCACUGAACAACAUCUGCUUCAUGUAGCUAACAAGCCAACUGAGAUAGUUAGUUCACUGAAUUCAUAUACCAGUCCAACGUCGACUCUUAAUAACACAGUAUCUUUACAUGGUUGGUUUAUUCUGUCUACAUUUCUUUACA